AUGAAUUUGCUCACCGUUCAUGUCGCCGUGGUUUUGCAAUUCCCCCACCUGGAGUCCGUCGUUGCCCAGGCCGUUGUCCCUGCCGUCGCCGGUGAUCUUGCAUAUCUUAUUGCCUCGCCAGUUGGUGCCGCAUUUGGCAGCCAAAUUCUGGAGCGCAUUGUGCGUCAUCGGGAUGAUGCUCAGCAACACCUUGGCGUACUUGUCGGCGUCCGCCUCCCGGCACUCCGCGCCCGAGUAAGUGGAGAUGUACGCACCGCCGAACUCACCGGCGAAGGCACUGAGUCCCCUGCUCACGGAGUCCAGCGUGGGAGUGGAGGGCUUCUGGAAGCCCUGCGGCCUCAGCUGUGUGAGCGCGUCGGUGAGGUUGUGGAGCAGGCCUCGCAGCCUGUCGUCGAAGCCCUGCGUCACGCAGAGGUCGUGAUAGAUCUCCUUGGGCAGAGUCUCCAGCUCCCCGGCCACCCUGGCGGCGAAGGCCUGCAGCGCGUCCUUCGCGGACUCCACGUAGUCCCGCCGCGCCUGCUUGCUGAGCUCCGCGAUUGCAUCUUCCACCUCGUAGUCCACGAAUUUCUCAAGCUCCCUCACAGUGUUCCUCUCUAUGUAAUCGGCGUUGGUGAGGAACUUGUCGCACAUCAUUAUGGCCUCCUGGAGGUCAUCGGUGCGGAGGGUGUGAAUGUCGUCCUUGAUUUUGCUGAGCCUCUCAUCUAUAUGCCUUUCUUCCAGCUGGCUCAGAUGCCAUCCCGCAUUUCCGGCGUGAUUGGUGAUCUUGUUGCACAGCUUAUUGACGUACUCACUCACCUUCGGGACUGUCUUGUUAUUAAGCUCUUCAAUCUUUAUUUUCACGUCUUCAAGUCCCUUAUUUUUAUCUUUCCCAAUCUCCUUUAUCAUGAAUUCCAAAUUCGUUAUCACGCCUCUUUUUACUGGAUCAGUGUCCUCCUCACCCUGCAACUCACUCCUCAGCUUUUCAAGCUCCCUGGUGAUUUGGUCGACGCCUUGCUUUAUUUCAGUGGGCUGUUUGUGCAACUCACUUUGUUGAGCGUGAAGGCCAUUUUCAAUAUUCUCCAAGCCCUUAGCAUUGUUAUCAUCAUUCCAAUCCGCAUCUUCACUCAUCCCCUUGCUUAUCAAAUUGGUCAGCGUCUUGAUGACGUCGUUGUCCAGCGUGCUCAUCUGCUCGUUGAGUGCCACUUUGAUUGCCUCGUUGGCUUUGCUGAUUUCGUUAGGUUGGUUAGUAAAUUGAUCGUCGUGAAGCUGUUUAAUUGCCUCGUAAAUUGCUUGAAGAUUGAGACUGUAUCCAUUUGUGCUUUUGCCUUUACCGAUGUAAUUGGCCAACCUUUGCAACUGGUCAACGACGUCAUCAUAUGA